CGAGCUGCACCAAACAGCGCUCAGGACGACUUGACGCAUUCCAGAACUGGUUCCUACCACUAACCACUGCAUCUCACUGGGACCAGCAACCGUGGCGAUGGUCGAGUUGGAGAGAAAAGCGUCUGGAUCAAGUUAACGGCAAAAGGAGACAGCUGGGGAGGGGAGUGCAGCGGGGGUGUGAGCCCCAUACACCUCCUGCAUCCUGGCCUGGGGUGAUAGGACACUUUACCUUACCUUCCCUCUACCUCCUCCCCACAAGGUACUUCUUCCCUCCCCUCUUUACCAUCCCUUCAUCCCUGAUGCCUUUCCCCUUAUCCCAAUCCUCCUUUCCCCAUUUGUUUGUUUCCAUUCUUUAGGUUUCUCUUUCAUUCCUUCCUUAAGCUUCAUCCAAACUCAUUAUUCUUCUCUGCAAAACCUAAGCCUCUCCUCAGCCAUCUCCCACCCGCCUAUCCUCCACUGCACUGCCCUAAGGCUUUCUGCUCCCCUCCAUCCUCCUGCCCACUCUCAAACUUCUCUUCCUUCCUUGUCCUCCCUGCCCCUGGGUCUCCCAUCCUGUGUGCCACAAUGACCGUGAUGGCUGGAGAGAACAUUGACGAGACUUCUGCGCUACCUGGCCACCCCCAGGAUAGCUACCAGCCUGCUGUCCAUGAUGACCAUGAGUGCUGUGAACGCGUAGUGAUAAACAUUGCUGGACUACGCUUUGAGACACAGCUGAAGACCUUAGCCCAGUUUCCCAAUACACUGCUGGGCAACCCCAAGAAGCGCAUGAGGUAUUUUGACCCCUUGCGCAAUGAGUACUUCUUUGACCGGAAUCGGCCCAGCUUUGAUGCCAUCCUUUACUACUACCAGUCUGGGGGACGGCUUCGCCGGCCAGUCAAUGUACCCCUAGACAUGUUCUCUGAGGAAAUCAAGUUUUAUGAGCUGGGUGAGGAAGCCAUGGAGAAGUUUCGGGAAGAUGAAGGGUUCAUCAAAGAUGAGGAGAGACCCUUACCUGAGAAAGAAUACCAGCGCCAAGUAUGGCUCCUCUUUGAGUACCCAGAGAGUUCUGGGCCUGCAAGGGUCAUUGCAAUAGUCUCUGUUAUGGUGAUCCUCAUCUCCAUCGUGAUCUUCUGUCUAGAGACAUUACCUGAGCUGAAGGAGGACAAGGAGUAUACUGUGCAGCGCACUGACAACACUACCCAAGUCUACAAAUCCAACAUCUUUACUGAUCCCUUCUUUGUUGUGGAGACCCUAUGUAUCAUCUGGUUCUCCUUUGAGCUGGUGGUACGUUUCUUUGCCUGCCCUAGCAAGACUGACUUCUUCAAGAAUAUCAUGAACUUCAUUGACAUUGUGGCCAUCAUCCCCUACUUCAUCACCCUGGGCACUGAGAUGGCUGAGAGGGAGGGGACUCAGAAAGGGGAGCAGGCCACCUCCUUGGCCAUCCUGAGAGUCAUCAGACUGGUAAGAGUCUUUCGAAUCUUCAAACUCUCCCGACAUUCUAAGGGCCUUCAGAUUUUGGGACAGACCCUCAAAGCAAGCAUGAGAGAGCUAGGUUUACUAAUUUUCUUUCUCUUCAUUGGGGUAAUCUUGUUCUCUAGUGCUGUAUAUUUUGCUGAGGCUGAAGAACCUGAGUCUCAUUUCACAAGUAUCCCUGAUGCUUUCUGGUGGGCGGUGGUAUCCAUGACCACUGUGGGCUAUGGUGACAUGUACCCUGUGACAAUUGGAGGCAAAAUCGUAGGCUCCUUGUGUGCCAUCGCUGGUGUGCUGACAAUUGCCCUGCCUGUACCUGUCAUCGUGUCCAACUUCAACUACUUCUACCACCGAGAAACAGAAGGGGAAGAACAGGCUCAGUUGCUUCAUGUUAGCUCCCCUAAUUUAGCAUCUGACAGUGAUCUCAGUCGCCGCAGCUCCUCCACAAUCAGCAAAUCUGAGUACAUGGAAAUCGAAGAGGAUAUGAAUAAUAGCAUAGACAAUUUUAGAGAGGCUAAUCUCAGAACUGGCAACUGCACUGUAGCCAAUCAAAACUGCGUUAAUAAAAGCAAGCUGCUGACUGAUGUAUAAACACAAAGGAAAAAAUCCCCACUCACAGCUUGAGGACUUUAAGUGACAUAGUCACACUUUGUAAAUGCUUUACUGAUAGUCUUUGAAUGCUUUAUUGACUUCGUAAAUGCAUUAUUGCAUUGCGAUUUUUUGCUCAGUGAUAAAGAAGCUUCCAGGAUCCAUGAAAAAUAAGUUUUUGUUUAUUUAAAAAAAAUCUGCUACAUUUUAAUCCUUUGAACUAGUUUAGUUUUAAACUAUAUAAUACUA